AUGGCCUGGGCCCCUCACCUCCUUGCAGUGCUCAGCCAUGGAUCAGGUUCCCUGGUCCAGGCAGCUCUGACUCAGCCACCCUCGGUGUCAGCGAAGCCAGGACAAACCAUCCAGAUCUCCUGCUCGGGGAGCAGCGAUGGCUACUAUGGCUGGUACCAGCAGAAGGUGCCUGGCACUGCCCCUCUCACUGUGAUCUAUGCUAAUGACAAGAGACCCUCAGGCAUCCCUUCACGAUUCUCUGGCUCCAAGUCUGGCUCCACAGGCACCUUAACCAUCACUGGGGUGCAGGCUGAGGACGAGGCUGUCUAUUACUGUGGCAGCUGGGAUGGCAGUGGCUAUGGUUCCCUGGUCCAGGCAGCUCUGACUCAGCCACCCUCGGUGUCAGCGAAGCCAGGACAAACCGUCCAGAUCUCCUGCUCCGGUACCGGCGGCUAUGAUGUUGGCUGGUACCAGCAGAAGGUGCCUGGCACUGCCCCUCUCACUCUGAUCUACUACAAUACCAACAGACCCUCAGGCAUCCCUUCACGAUUCUCUGGCUCCACAUCUGGCUUCACAGCCACCUUAACCAUCAGUGGGGUGCAGGCUGAGGACGAGGCUGUCUAUUACUGUGGUGGCUACGACAGCAGCAGUGUGACAGAGGCCCUGAUGGUGCUGCAGAAGGAUGUGGAAGUGACACAGCUCCUGCCCUUGUGCCUGGAGGCCAACCUCUGA